AGUCAGUUUCUUUCACGUUGUAAAUAGGAAAGAAAUAAAAAAGAAAAAAAAGAUCCGGUGGUAUGCCUAUACUCGCAUAAGUUGUUCCACCCUCAACGAUUCUCUCUUGUCUUUUACCUCCCAAUAUUCACUAGUAACAAUAUUUCAUACACACAAUAUAUAUAUAUACAUAUAUACUUACAGUUAUUUAUAAUUUAAUAAUUGAGACCUGAAGAAGAAGAAGAAGGAAGGCUGGACUAAUCCGUCAGUGAGUCAGAGGAGAUAUGGUAUGUUCAGCUCGAAUACUGAAUGUUUCCUACCCUCCCCUAACGACGUCGUUUCUUAACACUCACCAUGAAUCCAGUUAUAUAUUGAGAAACGUGAAAUCAACGGUUAGAUGGCGGUCCAUGUCAUCAGCAUCAGCAUCUUCAGCAUCUGAUCCAGAUGCUUCUUCGUCUUCUUCUAUAUUUUCCGGUGCAGCUGAUGCUGCUGCUGACUUAGCCGAUAAAACUGCCGCUGGGUUUUGUAUAAUUGAAGGACCAGAAACAGUACAGGACUUUGAUAAGAUGGAAAUGCAAGAAAUCCAAGAUAAUAUUCGUAGUCGUCGCAACAAAAUCUUUUUGCAUAUGGAAGAGGUUCGUCGGCUAAGGAUACAACAGAGAAUAAAAAGUGCGGAGCUUGGAAUCGCAGAGAACGAACAAGACAGUGAACUUCCCGCUUUUCCUUCCUUCAUCCCAUUCUUACCUCCUCUGUCAUCAACAAAUCUUAAACAAUACUAUGCCACCUGUUUUUCUCUUAUAUCUGGAAUUAUCAUUUUUGGAGGUCUUCUUGCACCUACUUUGGAGCUAAAGUUGGGAAUAGGAGGGACAUCAUAUGCUGAUUUUAUUACUAGCAUGCAUCUUCCAAUGCAGCUAAGUGAGGUUGAUCCCAUCGUGGCAUCCUUCUCUGGAGGAGCAGUGGGAGUGAUUUCAGCAUUGAUGGUAGUUGAAAUAAACAAUGUAAAACAGCAGGAGCAUAAAAGGUGCAAGUAUUGUCUAGGAACAGGCUAUCUAGCUUGUGCCCGAUGUGCUAGCACAGGGGCUAUCGUUCUUAUUGACCCGGUUGCAUCUGCUAAUGGUGGAAACCAACCUUUAUCACCACCUAAAACUCAAAGAUGUUCCAACUGUUCGGGUGCAGGAAAAGUUAUGUGCCCAACUUGUCUUUGUACAGGAAUGGCUAUGGCGAGUGAACAUGAUCCUCGCAUUGACCCCUUUGAUUAAUAAAAUUUGUAGAUUGAACUUCACAUUGUGUUUGUAAUAUAGAAAUGCAAUCCUUUUUCCACAACUUUAUUUACCUUCCACCAUACGGCAGAUCAAUCAUUAUUGUUCAGUUUGUAAUGUACAACUUGCUGACUACUCUUUUCAUACAUUGUUGCAUGAAUUAAUUUUGUACAA